AUGUACAGCAAGAAGAGCUGGGGAGGCCAGGUCGAGCCGUUCAUCCUCGUCAAGUUCCUCAAGAAGGACGGGCUGAACAAGGAGGUGCAGGACCCGACCGUGGCCGUGGUCGUGUGGGAGUGGAAGGACUCGCUGCUGCUGGGGAAGCCCUCGGACAUGGACGUUGAAGAUCGCCAGUACAUCUGCAACGACGACACAAUCGACGCGAAGCUCUGCAAUGGCACACAAAAGGGCGAGUGGAUCCUCUCCGACGAUGCCGACGCCUUGUCCAGGAUGCACAUUCGCACCACCGCCGUCCACCUCAACGACCCCAAGCCCAUCAACUACCCCGUCGCGACCGGCGACAAGAAGGGGUCCAUCAAGACGGGCUACUACUGCGUAGCCACGGCAGCGCUGUCAAAUGACGUCGAGUACGAGGCUAUCGUGACCUUCAGGAACGCAUACGGAGAGCUCCCGGCAGCCCAGAUCGCGAAGCUCCCCUUCUACGGUGGCAUCACAAUCGUCUACUUUGUCGUGCUGAGCUUCUGGGGCUUCCUAUACUUCCAGAACAGGCACGACAUCCUCGCCGUCCAGAACUAUAUCACAGCCAUCCUAGUCUUCUUAGUCGUUGAGAUGCUGAUGACUUGGGGCUUCUACGAUUACCAGAACCGCCAUGGUAACAAUGUAGGGACCAAGGUGCUCAUGAUUGUUGUCGCCGUUCUCAACGCGUUCCGCAACUCCUUCUCCUUCUUCCUGCUCCUGAUCGUGUGCAUGGGAUACGGCGUCGUCAAACCCUCACUCGGCAAGAACAUGACCAUUGUCCGCUGGCUUGCUGUUGCACACUUCAUCUUUGGCGUUAUUUAUGCCAUUGCCUCACUCACUGUCCGUCCAGAUGACGCUGGUCCUCUCGUACUGCUUGUUAUCCUCCCCCUCUCCGCCACAUUGACCGCCUUCUAUAUCUGGACACUGAACUCGUUGAAUCUCACAAUGAAGGACCUCAUGGAGCGGAAGCAGACUGUCAAAGCGACCAUGUAUAAGAAGCUCUGGUGGUGCAUUCUGACAAGCAUCAUCGUCAUCUUCGGUUUCUUCUUCAUCAACAGCUUCACAUUUGCCGGCGCCUCGACCCCAGAUUUCGCGCCAACGCAUUGGCAAACAAGAUGGUUCAUUUUAGAUGGAUGGCUCAACCUGGUAUACUUGGCAGAUGUCUGCUUUGUCGCAUACAUGUGGCGGCCGACAGCGAACAACAGGAGAUUUGCGAUGAGUGAUGAGAUUGCCCAAGACGAUGAAGGUUUCGAGAUUGCGUCUUUGCGAGACUCUCUUGAUGAGGAGGAAGGCGGGUCGGACCAUCUACCUUCAUACGACCCUGCGCCCAGGCAACGGGCUGAUAUGGCGCGUGAUGUCUCACCAUUACCGGCACCCAAGCCGCAAAAACCUAUCGUGCCCCCACGGGAAUCUCUUGACGGAGACACGAUUUUCGCAGUUGGUGAGGACGAUAAAUGGAGCGACGACGAUGACGAGGAUGAGGAUGACGACGAAGAUGACGACGACGAUGACGAUUCUGAGGCAUCAAGCUCAAAAGCAGGAGGCCACGAGCGAGCACGGCUGACGAGUCGAAAGAACGACUAG